CUUGGGCAGGAGGAAGGCGAGGCAGGGAAGGGCGGCCAUGGAAAAGCCCCGGCGGCCCGUGGUGGUGACGGGAUUCGGGCCAUUCGGAGAGCAUUCGGUGAACGCCAGCUGGAUAGCAGUUCAGGAGCUGGAGAAGCUGGGCCUGGGGGACGAUGUGGACCUCUACGUCUAUGAAAUCCCCGUCGAGUACCAAGCAGUACAGCGGCUAAUUCCUGCCCUAUGGAAGAAACACAGUCCCCAACUGGUGGUUCACGUUGGCUUGUCCGGCAUGGCCACAACAGUGACCCUGGAGAAAUGUGGCCACAAUGUGGGCUACCGGGGUUUGGACAACUGCCGCUUCUGCCCGGGCUCGCACUGCUGUGUGGAAGGAGGCCCUGAAUGCAUCGACUCGGUGAUUGACAUGGACCAGGUGUGCAAGAGGGUCUCCGAUCUGGACUUGGACGUUCUCGUGACGAUAUCGAAGGAUGCCGGCAGGUACCUCUGUGACUUCACGUACUACACUUCCUUGUACCAGAGCCACGGCCGGUCGGCCUUUGUCCACGUGCCUCCUCUGGGGAAGCCGUACACCGCGGAGCAGCUUGGCCGGGCGCUCCAGGCCAUCAUCGAGGAGAUGCUCAGUGUCUUGGAACACUCGGAGAGCGACAUUAACUGCCACAACGAGCAUUGAGCCUGGGCCCAGAGACCCCCCUUUUCUUCCUCACUAUUGCACUUCCAAAACAUCCCGCUGUCCUUGCAGAAUCCUGGGGGGGGAGGAGAGGAGAGAAAGCAACACGCCUGGAAAUGUCCGCAGGGAGAAUGGGUAACUUGACCCUGCCGCCCACACCGGCUUGCGGCUUUGGGGACAGCACCACAACCUUCUUUCUGAGACGACCGAGUCUUGACAACCUCUUGACAUCGCUGGGCAAACCAGCCAACCAACUUGGCUUCCUGCGGAGGAGACCUGGUGAAUCAAGGGAACAGGCGUGUCCAGAUGAGGGUUUAUCUCCCAGAAAAAUCCAGUACGGGAGCUGGCAGAGCUGACCCCAGCUGCUCACGUAUAAUGGCUCCUUUUAAUUUUGUGCACGCCGGUUCCACAUAACACUGUUGCUCAAAGCAGUAGGGGCCCGAUGUCUCUGUCUGUGGAGGCAGAAGGCACCAUUUCUUGAACACGGACUGAAACCCCAGGAAGGGCAUAGAAGCUUCCCUGGGGUUACUCGGCCGGCCUGCUGGUAACUCAACGGAGGGCUCUCCCGCUCUUGGUGGAAGUUUGGUGAUGGCAGAAAUACAGGGAGGGGAGCCCCUCCUUCCCUUUGUCCAUUUCACCUCCCACUGAGCAUCAGAGGUGGGAAUUGUUUAAAAAAAGAAACCUCUUUUGAACGCUGCCUUGAACGCUGUAACCAUGUACCUCCUUGUGUGGGGAUGCACUGCUUCGGGAGUGCAUCUUUCUUUCUUUCUUUCUGAGACUCCACACCCUGGGGGGGCAUGGUAUAGUUUAUCCUCCCCCCGCCCCCCUCCCAGUGCCUCAUGCCCUCUUGUACCUUAGGAAGUCAUGUGGUAUUCAUAUUUGUGCAGACUUUUCUGCUCUGCUGAGAAGCUGAGGACAUGGAGACAAGCCGAAAUGGUGUCAGCCCCUUGGUGGUGAUCGCCCCUCCUGUGUGCAGUGAAGGGGCACUUCCCAGGAUCCUGGCACCCCUGCCCGGCAGCCCUUCCAGGGAAGGGUCCCACUGGCCGGCUCUGGAAAGUACACUGCACUUGUGAGCCACGUUUGUGGGGAGUGGGGCGGGCAGAGAUGUCCUGCUGGAGGAUGAGAGGUUUCUUUCCCCUGGGGCUGUGCAGACGUCACUCUAAACAGCAGAUCGUCGAAGCAACUUCUGGCACAAGGACGGGACUGAGCUGCGGCGAAAUGGCAGGCCGUGGAGUCCUGUGACUCAAGCGUGCCCGUUUAAAACGGGUGGUCUGCCAAUAAGAAAGGCCUUUGGUGAAAGAGAAAAGAGACCUGUGAAAUGAGAUCUCUAGGAGCUUGUGCUUUCUUUAAAAGAAAUGUUUUGUUGCUAUUCUAAUCUUUUCCUUUUAUGAUUAUGCUUUAUUCUGCUCUUGUUAGUAACGCUCAUUGAGCUGCUUCGUGUUUACCUCCUGCUUAUCCUUUGGGGAGUUUGGUUCCUUGGAUGGAUUUCUGGGCUCACAGCCUGCAUUUUUGGAAUUGGCCUUCAGAUCCCAUCCCACCGCACCCCGCACACACCCCCUCGGGCUCUUGUGGGCCUCCAGAUUCUGAGCGGUUCUUGGGGGGAGGGGGGCUGCAACCUUCUUAUUGUUUCGUUUUUGUAAUUUAUUAUAUUUAAUUUUUUUUUGGUCCAUAUGUUGGUGACAUCUGCACUUGUUUUUUUCCCACCCUGUCUCUCCCCCUCCUUUAAUUUUUGGCAACAAUUUGCAAUUUGCUUUUGAUUCUGCACGUGGGCCAGGACUGUUGCGUAUCCAGUGACGCAUCUCAAGGUCUUGCCUUUGCCUCUACCAGAGGGCUGUUUGAAGGAGAAGUUUCUGCAGGACAUCAUGUUUUUUUUAAAAUCCCGACAGUGGGUUCUGUCUCUGAAAUGUGGCCGGGGCAAAUGGAUUGUUCCCACAAGGAGGCCCGUUGACUAGUCCUCCUCGAGUCCUCAUUUUUUCACCAGAUAGAAGCCUCUCAGUAAGUCCACCAGCAAGGCUGCCUUCCUCCCUUGGGUGGGGGCAGCACAGUGCAUGCCCCCUCUUGGGAGUUGCCAGGUCCUCCCUGGGCACCGGUAGGGGAUGGGUGUAGGGUAGCCAGCUCCAGGCUGGGGAAAUCCUGGAGAUUAGGGGGCGGAGCCUGCGGAGGACAGGCACCUUGGUGGAAUACAUCGAGUCCACCCUCCAACGCAGCCAUUUUCUAUAGUCUGGAGCAGU